AUGGAGGAUGUUGCCGUCAAUGAGUUUGACCGACCCGUCUGGAGCCCUGCGACACCUAUUCCCGAUGCUCGUGUCGCUGCACACAUUCGAAACCUUCGGAUACCACUGGGGAGAUUCGAGGAAGUGCCCCUUAUAAUACUUCAUAAAUUAGGCAGUUUUCAACAUGACCCGCUACUAAGAAAGAGAUUAGAUCGCAUCUUUUCUCCUUUGUAUCAUACUCUUCUAGUCAAUACCUCAGGCACCGGGAAAACUAGACUUCUCUUCGAAGGCCUUUGCCUCCAUUGGGGCUUUUAUCUUACAUGUACUCUCGACGCAUCACUGCUUGGAGCAGGGGAUUUCGCUCACAUAGUAAACAAUGUCAACUGCGAUCGCAACUGGAAACCCGUUUUGCCUCCUAUAUCCGAUCCCAAACACCCAUCAUUCGUUCAAGACAAUAUACACAUAGUUUACCGCGCAUGCAGUGAAGCGUUAUUGGCUAGACUGCUGGUAUUCAACAUGUAUCUGAAAGCCUGUUCGAAAGUGGGAUUUUCCCAUGCUCAACGAAGACGUUGGUUGGAAGCCCAGAUAUUUCCAUUCGACCUCAUCUCCGCAUUCGAUCCUUUCGGGGAGAUCAAAAGCUCCAUCUCUGCUCUCCAUCUCUCCGAUCACACCCUUGAUGAGGCCAUUUCUCGUACCCUGGAAGAUAUCCAAAAUAUCUGGGACAUGCCUGCUGGAGAAUAUUUUUAUAUUGCUCUAGACGAAGCAAAUGCUGCUUCAACGAAGCAUCGUCGGUCCUUCUUAGACGAGUAUGGUCAUUAUCCUGUCUUAAAGGAAAUGCUGCGCGCUUUGCGACGUAGGAUGGGUCAUUUACCUGUGAAAUUUAUUGUCGCUGGUACCAUGAUUCCACCAGAGCUUUUUCAGUCGAAGGUUGGAGAAUGGGAUGAUUUUCGCUGGUGUUCGGAUACCGGGUCUUUCGACAAUCCUGAGAUGCACCGGCGAUAUAUUUCCCAAUUCUUGCCUUCUGAGUUAGUAAGUUCGAUUACAGGGCAAGCUCUUUUAGAUCGCUCAUGGCAAUGGUUGCGUGGAAGGUUACAUGCCAAUUGUUUGCCGUACCUUAAUACAUUUUGCUAA